UCGGCCUCCCAAAGUGCUAGGACUACAGGCGUGAGCCACCUAUUAUAGCCCCAUGGGUGACGCUCUAUUUGUUUUUUCCAUUCAAGAAAGGAUGUCAAACUCCAUCGGAGCAUGAGUGAAUUACAAAAACAUAACCGUGCAUGUCUCCUAAGUUAUUGUAGGCUCUUUACAAAUAUGCACUGGUAUUACUAAGAAAUUACUUGCGAGCCACCUCACUACUUAUGGAGACAUGCCGUUUUAUUUUGCAUCCAUGGUUAAGAACCUCUGCCAUUGAGAGGGGUGCUAAACGUCGUGUUAUGGUUAUGAGAAAGAAUUGCUGCAUGCAUAACCGAGCAAUUGGAAAUAUAAAAGACCAAAAAAAAAAAAAAAAAAGAAUUGCUUAAGUAAUCAGAAAAAAAAAAAUGGCAUUGUUACAGAGUUCUACAAUUGAGUUUGAGUGAGAGAGGAAACAAAGUGACAAGCCCUGGGCUCUUGAGCUAGUCCAAGUUUAAAGAGCUCGCCUGGGGAUUCCUUCACAGUCCCCAGUGGAACCAGUCAAAAGAGCGUCAUGCCUUCCGUGUCCCCUGACCCUCCAUUCAAUCAAAAGCAACAGGCCUGAACAAUCACGGAACAAAAACCUCAUUGCCCGCGUAACCUUCCAACCCCGGAGCUGUAUGGGCCGCUAAUCCGCCGCACAAAGCGGGCCGCUGCUCUUUUCUUCUCCCGCGCCCGGGCCCAACUGCUGAUCGGUUCUGGAACGUCCCAGUAGCGCGCCGGGGGCCUCCGGUGUUUAUUUAGCGAGCUGCUGGCUGCGCCGGGGGCCUCUUGGAGAGCCGGCUCCGCGCCGCCCGCGCGCCCGCGCCAGAGCAGCCAUGUACCGGCGCAGCUACGUCUUCCAGACUCGCAAGGAGCAGUACGAGCGCGCCGAUGAGGCUUCGCGCGCCGCCGAGCCCGAGCGCCCGGCAGACGAGGGCUGGGCUGGGGCCACUAGCCUGGCGGCGCUGCAGGGACUCGGCGAGCGCGUGGCCGCCCAUGUCCAGAGGGCCCGCGCGCUCGAGCAGCGCCACGCCGGGCUCCGGCGGCAGCUGGAUGCCUUCCAGCGCCUGGGCGAGCUGGCCGGGCCGGAGGACGCCCUCGCCCGCCAAGUCGAGAGCAACCGCCAGCGCGCCCGAGACCUGGCUGCCGAGCGCACCCGGCUGGAGCGCCAGGGCACCGAGGCGCAGCGCGCGCUCGACGAGUUCCGGAGCAAGUACGAAAAUGAGUGUGAAUGUCAACUCCUGCUAAAAGAAAUGCUUGAACGGCUUAACAAGGAAGCUGAUGAAGCCUUGCUGCAUAACCUGCGCCUUCAGCUGGAAGCCCAAUUUUUGCAAGACGAUAUCAGUGCGGCGAAGGACAGGCACAAGAAGAAUCUUCUGGAAGUUCAGACCUAUAUCAGCAUCCUGCAGCAGAUCAUCCACACCACUCCUCCGGCAUCCAUUGUGACGAGUGGAAUGAGGGAGGAGAAGCUCCUGACGGAGCGGGAGGUGGCCGCCCUGCGGAGUCAGCUGGAGGAGGGCCGGGAGGUGCUCGCCCACCUGCAGGCACAGAGAGUGGAGCUGCAGGCCCAGACAACAACUCUGGAACAAGCUAUUAAAAGUGCCCAUGAGUGUUAUGACGAUGAGAUUCAGCUUUAUAAUGAGCAGAUUGAGACAUUGCGCAAGGAGAUUGAGGAGACAGAGCGGGUCCUGGAGAAGUCUUCUUACGACUGCCGGCAGCUGGCGGUCGCCCAGCAAACCCUGAAGAAUGAGCUGGACCGGUAUCAUCGUAUCAUCGAGAUUGAAGGCAACAGGCUGAGCUCUGCCUUCAUUGAAACUCCCAUUCCCCUGUUCACCCAGAGCCAUGGAGUCUCUCUCAGCACUGGAUCCGGUGGGAAAGAUCUUACCAGGGCUCUGCAGGAUAUAACAGCAGCAAAACCAAGACAAAAAGGCCUCCCCAAGAAUGUUCCAAGGAGAAAGGAGAUUAUAGCAAAAGACAAAACCAACGGAGCUCUGGAAGAUGCACCAUUAAAAGGUUUGGAAGACACAAAGCUGGUACAGGUGGUACUUAAAGAGGAAAGUGAAUCUAAGUUUGAAUCAGAAAGUAAAGAAGUAAGUCCCCUGACACAAGAAGGGGCUCCAGAGGAUGUGCCAGACGGAGGGCAGAUAAGCAAAAGCUUUGGGAAAGUAUACAGGAUGGUCAAGGAGAAAGUGAGAAGCCCCAAAGAGCCUGAGACCCCCACUGAGCUCUACACCAAAGAGCGGCACGUGGUGGUCACAGGGGAUGCCAAUUAUGUGGACCCUAGGUUCUGUGUCUCCCCCGUCACAGCUAAAGGUGGGGUGGCUGUUUCCAUCGCGGAAGACUCUGUGCUUUAUGAUGGCCAGUUGGAGCCCUCUCCUGAGUCACCUAAGCCCCCUUUAGAGAAUGGGCAGGUGGGUCUGCUGGAGAAAGAAGAUGGACAGCCAAUUGACCAGCGGCCUACAGACAAGGAGAUUGAGCCAGAUGGCAAAGAGCUGGAAGUCCCUGAGGAGAAACAUGAGGGUGAGGAGCAGGAUGAGGGGUUUGGGAGACCCUGUCCGGUGGUCACACCCGGUGCAGAGGAACCGUCUAUACCCCAGCCUCCAAAGCCUGUGGCUGAUCAGGAUGGAGCCGAGGGGCUUGGGACUAGGGGCAGAAGCCUGCCAGAAAAAGGCCCUCCCAGGGCUCUGGCCUAUAAGACAGUAGAAGUGGUGGAAUCUAUCGAGAAGAUUUCCACAGAGAGCAUUCAGACAUAUGAAGAAACUGCUGUGAUCGUGGAGACCAUGAUUGGAAAGACAAAGUCAGACAAGAAGAAAUCAGGAGAGAAGAGCUCUUAAAAUGCCCAGGCUUAAUGGGAGAAAAUGUCUUUGGGGCCACUGUAGGGGUAAUGCUUUGAUAUUUUAGAGCAAAUGAUAAAAGGGUGAGGGUUUCUGUUUGGAUUAGACCAUAGUUGACCCAUCUGGCAUUGCCAAUGAAGCCUUCAUUAAAAUGUUUUCUUUGCUUGCA